AGCAACGCUACAGGUGGUGCAACGUACGUGUACAUUAUACACAAGAUUGGUAACACAUGCCACAGUUUUAUUACCAGAGACUUUCAACAAAUUCACAAAUGGGACUUGCCCAUAAUUUGGCAGCGAUACCGAGUGUGAGCUGGUGGUACUGGUGUGCUUUUUCUUUUUGUUGCUGACAUGGCAAUUGACCAUGCAUAGUGAGUCAUUUUGGAGACUAACAUUUUACCACGACAGAUCUGUGUCUGGUUUUCAGAUGGAAUUCAUACCUUAUGCAAUUUUCCUUCUAAAAAAAACCCUCUAGUGCCAUAGAUAACGAAAAGCAAAGUGAGAUAUAUCCUGCAAGUAAACUGGGUUUUUGAUUCACUAAUGGAAAAUAUUUGGUCUUUUUUGGAUAGGGAAACAAAAUUGCUGCUUGCUGGCAUGGCCCUUCCGGGAUUUGACCGCAUGCUCUCAAGACUUGAUAACCCCUGGGUCAUGUUAUCACUGGCUUGGAUGGUCAAAUGGAUAAUGUUGAUAAUCCUGGAUCUUGAGGCCACAGGUUCAUUUCUCAGUAGUGACUAUUUUUCUCCAUUCACCAAAAUAUCACAACGUAAGCCCCAGACGUCAUUGAAAUGCAAUUUCUCGUUUGACUUCUUAAGGCUUUGGAGGAUUUUUUUUCAAGGGGAAUUAAAUCAGAAAACCUGUUUGUAAGUUGUUGCUACCUGUUACGGAGUCUGGCAGAAUCAGGGACAUGUGCAGCUGCACAUGGUGCCUCACUUUGGAGAAAAGUAAACCCCAUUGCCACACCUCUUACAUAUUCGUGAUUGAGAGCCUAAUUUCUCACUGAUCCAAUAACCGUCACUUGUGAGGAUUUGCGCACAAGUCAAGUAUGCUAGCUUACUGAACUGUUUCUCGGGAUCAGUUUUCUGGAACUUUAGUCCGGAUGAAGUACUCUCGUGCAAGCAUUGCCCCAGCUACUCUUCAUGGGAGACAUGCAAAGAUGACGACACAUGUAUCACCAGCAUUUCUGUGAUGCCAUACAAGAGAAACAACAUGAAUACGAAGGAUGUAAAACACCGUCUUCGCUAGUAGCAUACAUGUCAGUCAUCUCUUCGCUUCUGUGAGGCAGGCGCAAUGCAGGACUUCCGCAAUUUUGAUCCCCAGCGGCUGGAGCGGUUGGAGGCCCGCUUCAAGGGCACCCGGAGCCAGCCGCCCAUCGUUAUCGACGAUGAUUCCAGUCAGAGUGCCGGCAGCCACAGUCCACAGACAGAGGACAGCGAUAUUCAGGCAUUGCGGGCGGCUACGACCGGAACGCCGGAGAGAAAGGAAAGGAGAAGAAAAAGGAAACUACCGGAAAAUCACGAUCAGAACUCCGGUGGAGGUCAUGGUCACAACGCCAAAAAAAUUAGUGAAUAUUUCAAGACGACAGGAAACAGCCCGGGACGAGCUCCAAAUCCUGUCCUCUUGCCGAGAUCCCCCUCCACCUCACAACCACCGUAUCCUCAAUCGCCGUCUGGCAGCACAAAUCACAUGGAUCUGUCCACCAUUUCAUACCCACCGCCGCACAUGCCACGCAAGGAAACUGCUACAUGUGCCACCCAGACCCUUAUGACAAUGGAAGAUAUUAACAGCUUGGAAGGGAAAGUAACAAGCGGCAUCAGGGAAUCACAGACAGCUCUACAGUCAUUGAAACAGACACACACAGAGGCCCAGAGGCAGCUGGAGAUGCUACAGAAACAGAUGGCCAAGAGCAUGAACAUGACAAAGAAGUUGUUGAUAGAGAAGUCUGAUAUCGACAUGAAAGAGGCGCGGCGGAAAAGCAUGGAGAACCGGCUACGGUUGGGACAGUUCACCACCAAGAGGCAAGGGGCGCAGUUUGUGGAGACCUGGCAAGAUGGCUACGCAUUCACAGAUCUAAUCAAGCAGCAAGAGCGGCUCAGCAAAGAGAAGGAGGAGAUCGAGCACCAACGGAAGCUGCUGACCAAGAAGAAGCCCCCUACCACGCCCCAGGCGGCCACGGCCAAGGCCAGCAAGGCCGCCAAGGCUGCCACCAUGGCCAACGGGCCGGAGGACGUGUUUGCCAAGCCUGCCGUUGAGCCUGCCAUGACCCCGCUGGAGUACUACGAGAGGGAUGAGAUCUUCAAGCUGCGACUGGCCUCGCUUAGGAAGGAGGAAGCUGAUCUGCAAGCUGAGCUGGAGAAACUGGAACGAGAGCGGAACGUGCAUAUACGGGAGCUGAAGAGGAUACACAACGAGGACCAGUCGCGCUUCAACCAGCACCAGACCCUCAACAACCAGUACCUGCUGCUAGGCCUACUGGGCAAAGGGGGCUUCAGCGAAGUACACAGAGGUUUCGAUCUCAAGGAGCAGAGAUACGUGGCCUGCAAGAUUCAUCAACUCAACAAGGAGUGGAAGGAAGAUAAGAAAGCCAACUACAUCAAACACGCGCUUAGGGAAUAUGAAAUUCACAAAAGCUUGGAUCACCAAAGAGUUGUCAAGCUUUACGAUGUCUUUGAAAUCGACUCAAAUUCAUUUUGCACAGUGUUGGAAUACUGCCCGGGUAAUGAUCUAGAUUUCUACCUGAAGCAGCACAAGAUCAUCAGCGAGAGGGAGGCACGCUCCAUCAUGAUGCAGACUGUCUCAGCCCUGAAAUAUCUCAACGAGCGUAAGCCGCCCGUCAUACACUAUGAUCUCAAACCAGGUAACAUUCUUCUAAGUUCAGGUAAUGUCAGCGGGGAAAUCAAGAUCACAGACUUUGGUCUGUCCAAGAUCAUGGACGAUGAUCACUUCAACUCACAAGAAGGUGGUAUGGACCUAACAUCACAAGGGGCGGGAACAUACUGGUACCUGCCCCCAGAGUGUUUUCAAGUCGGCCAGGAGCCCCCCAAGAUAUCCUCCAAGGUGGAUGUGUGGUCCGUUGGCGUCAUCUUCUAUCAGUGUCUGUAUGGGAAGAAGCCCUUUGGUCACAACCUGUCCCAGGCAUCCAUCCUGGAGCAAAAGACGAUUCUCAAAGCCACCCAGGUCCAGUUCCCAACCAAGCCAGUCGUCAGCCCCGAGGCAAAGGACUUCAUCCGCCAGUGCCUAGUCUACCAGAAAGAGGAUCGAGUCGAUGUUCUGACCUUAGCCAAACAACCCUACCUUCUACCUGGAAGGAAAAACCCAGCUGACAAAAAUAAUACAGCAACCGCAAAUAGUGUCAGCAGUUCUAGUGUAGCCGUUAGCUCUUCAAGUACGUCAACUCCAGAGGCAGCUUCUUAGCAACUGUUUCUAGCCACCAUUGGCUAGAGUUACAAGCUCUCCGUUCAUUCUUCAAGUUUCAACACCCAGGGGGUUUUCUCAGUCAUCCUGCAAAAGAAGAAAUACGUCCUCAACGUUUGUGUUCCUAGUUUGUCCGUAGUGAUUGAUUCUUGACGGGCUGAGUCAUGGAAAUUGAUUCUUGGUACCGGUCGAAGUGCGUUCGUGGCACCAGUGAGCUCGGUGGUUGGAGUUGCAGGGAGACGUUCUAAGCGCAAGAGGAGGCAGUACCAGGAAGAAUGUGCCACUUGGUCAGGUGUAUCUGGACUUCUGCACGGUGUACUUCAGCGGAGCUUGUUUCAGCUGCUAACACAUCAGGCAAUGAUGGAAAGGGCUACCGGCUCUGCGCCCAGGUUCCUGGAGAUGCUAAGCAUAGAAAUAGCGGCUUGCCAAAAUUAGGUUACCAGCCAAAGCAGCAUGCCAAGUAUCUGACACAGGCGCAGUAAUCUGCUCAUAUUUAAGCUAAAAAAAGUCCCAAGCAGUGGAUGAAUUCGGGUCACGCUCUCAUGGUAUUAACUUCUUGAAACAGGGGCUUCAGUAAGCUGAUAACAGUUUUGGGGCGGGAGUUAAUGAGAUUGCUGAUUCCCUGCAUCUUGAAACUUUGAAGUGGUCGCUGCAUGACUGCCUAAACCUUGGCAUUGUUGACGAUUUCAGCAUCCCCGUGUCAAGUGCGUUCUUCUCAUUUUUAAAGUGAUUCACAGAUUUUGAAGAGCAAGCAGAAAACUGUCCGCAAAGAUGAUCCCUCAAUAGAAGUAAAGUUGGGUCUUUAUUAAAAUCAAAGGAAAGGUGCCGGCUUCUUAGGCUGCAUCCGAAUCUCUUGUUUAGAGCUAGGUCUAGGUCUUCACUCCAUUAGAAAUGCGUGGAGAUGCGUAGACAAUAGACCUAGCCGUAGCUCUGGAAGCCCGUUUGGGACACGGCCAUAAUGUUAGAUGUGUAUUACAGUCCGGUUCCAUGUUGUAUUAGUGUUUACCCAAACCCUCCCGGGUACUGUGGCUAGAAACUCUGCCAGACACAUCAAAUUGCAUCAGUUGUCAAAGUGGCUUGCCUGCCCAGUGUAACAUGAUCAACUCUGGUCAACUCUACAUGAUCAGCAGGUCAACUCUUACCACCGCCAAACAGCCUUGGUGUCUGUGGUUGCCACACACCACAAGGAUCCAACAGUGGCAUUGGUCAAUGGGACUAGCUCCCAAUGUCUCAACAUGGCCAGUUUGCUCGGCUGCUGAUUGAUUGCCCAGUGCAUCAAAGUGCAUCAGACUUUUCCACCUGAUCCACUCUGCUGCGUCUGGCAGGGUGAGGGUUCAAGAAACAAGUUCCGGGUCCAGCUCUCGUUCAUGGGUUGAUUUCCUCCUUGGUUGCAAGUGUACCAAGGGGUUUCACCUGAUAAUUAGUCUUCAGCAAGUAAUGAUUUCUUUUUCACAUCCCAAAUUAGUGGCAAGCUGUUCAAGUGUGUUUAUUCUCGCAAAAUUCCACAAAUGAUGAGAGACCUGAAAAGCGUUGUUGGUCCUUUUGUGGAAUUUGGUUCCUUCAGUUUCUAAGCUCAGCUCCCAUAUUGCUUUGAGAGGAGAGAGUUCCAGACGGCAUGUUGGUUAUGUAGUUUGUGGGGCAUAUGGUGAAUGAUCUUUUCAGUGAUUGUGUUGCAGCAGACAUGACUUCAAAGUGGCGGUUAAUCACUUGCUGCCGGGUGGAAUUUGAAGUUGCAUGAUGUAAAACCGGCAGAUUUUCAAGAUUUUCCGGUUUCAAACUUC